UUGGGGGGGGGGUGCUUCUGGGCAAGAUCAAAUCCCGGUUAGUGCGGGAACCGAUAAGUGGACAAAGAUGGAUGGAUGGAUGGAUGGGUGGAUGGUCUUACCCUAGUGAGCACAGGGGAGGAGAGGAGGGGCAUUGGGUGCCGAGUUUUGGGUGUGAGAGGCUUCCAAUAGAAUUUGGUAAGCUAGACAUGCCUUCAGUCACUAGGUGGCAGCAACUCAUACAGUGGUUUGUACAGAUACGAAAAUACAUAUAAUUAAGUUCUCAAUAGUAUUUCAGUUUGGGGGAGGGUGUGAAAAAGAUUCUCUCCCCUAGGGAGUGCAUGACUGAAAAUAAUUGAGAACCACUACACAAACACUAAUCCGGCUGUCAUUCUAAUCCUAACUGCGAUCACAAUCUCUUUCAUUAUGGACCUACAAAAUGCCCCCAAAAAACAAAGUGUCUUCUUGGAAACACAUUUCCCAAACAAUGUGUUCCAACAAGUACAGUAUAGCUGUACAUGAACACACACAAACACACAAAGGUGAAGUGGGCAGAUGAAUUAGAUGACACACACUAAGGGACAGAGGGAGGGACUGAAUUACCAUAGAAACUGCUCUGACUGUUCAAAGGAGCAGCAGAGAAGGAGGUGAAAGCAAGAGCCGAUCAAACUGUUGAGGUCACUGCACCGACACCGUGAUGUUCUGUUCGUCCACCUCUUCAUCGGGGAAAAGCUGUUGAUAUAGUCAAAGCUACUUCUACGGCCACCAGAUAACACUUCGUAGUGUUCUUUCUCAUAUCCUCUUGUGUUUAUUCAAAAUGUGUUGACGAUGAAACCGGAGCCACCUGGAGUAAAAGUCUGCCACAGCACGGGUAUACAGCAAGAAAUUGAUCUGAAGUCAUCUGUAAAUCUACACUAAGGGACUGCAUUAUUUGAUACCAUCAGGUUCUGCGGGACAAGAAAGAGCUGAGACUCCUAAACAUGCCAGCAACAGAUGCAUUCCUAUUCUGUCUCAUGUAAACAUAAUCAACAACAUCAGGAUGUCAACAACAAAUGGAGAUCCUCCCAACAUCAGCAACUCAGUCCAGGAUGAUGUACUCAGUUCCAUCUUACAUUCCCCACCUCCCUCUACCCCAACUCUACUCCCAUCAUGCAGCAUUGAUGAGUCAUAUAAGUAUAUAUUUCUUCCCAUCUGCUAUUCUUUUACAUUCACUUUCAGCAUUUUACUCAACUCUGUCGUGCUGUAUCGAUCCUUCUGCCAGACCAAGCGAUGGAACGCCUCGCUGAUCUACAUGGUUAACCUGGCCUCCACAGACUUCAUGUAUGGGCUGUCACUGCCGUUCCUUGUGGCUAGUUACAUCAUGCACGACCGAUGGGUCUUUGGUGACUUUAUGUGUCGUUUAGUCCGUUUCCUCUUUUAUUUUAACCUCUACUGCUCCAUCUUCUUCCUAACUUGUAUCUCAGUCCACAGAUACCUUGGUAUCUGCCACCCAAUGAAAGUAAUCACCCUAGAGACAAAGAAAGCUGUCAAGUACAUUUGUAUUUUGGUCUGGAUUGUAGUUUUUGCCUUAACCAGCCCCAUUUUUCGGUUUGCUCAGACAGGUAUAGUGACAAGGUUUGAAAAGGGUGGCACCACUUCAAGUGACAGUGUUAACCAAAACUCUGAAAUUCCAGUGCUUUAUAGUAAUGAAAGCCAAAGUAACUUAAGAGGUAUAAUAGAGGAGUACCAAAACUGUUGGGAUGAUGCCAUAGAUAAAGAGUUCCCAGAUUACGUUCCUUAUGGCAUCAUACUGCAUUUGCUGGGCUUUUUUGUACCUUUUUCUAUUAUAGCCUGGUGUUACUCUCACGUAGUUGUGACUAUAUUUAGAACUCUACAUUCACGACCCUCUUCCCGAAAAGGUAGAAAAGAGGGUGGACAUGAAGGAAUGAUGAAAAAAGAUGAUGCAAGUUCUGCAGCAUUUGGAAGACCAAGUAAAGGGAGUAAUCGAGUAUCAAGGGCAGGGAGAAGAGAUGAAGGAUUUGCCAUUUUUCUUGGAGCCCGUUCUCCAUAUGCUAAUCGCAGACGUAAAUCAAUCAAGACCAUUAUCACCAUCACAUUCCUCUUUGUUCUCUGUUUCCUUCCCUUCCAUGUCACUAGAACCAUCUUCCUCCUCUUAAAAGUGACAAAAAGAGUCCCCUGUCAAACUAUGACCAUGGUCUCAAUGUGCUACAAGAUAACAAGGCCACUAGCAUCAUUCAACGCGUGGCUUAAUGCGCUCCUUUACUUUCUGACCAAGGACAAAGGUGGAGCUCAUUGCUGCCAUGCUGUGCAAAGCAGCCAAGAACAACAUGCGGCACUUUUUCUGCCACUGAGAAUGAUGGAAAAGGGAGAGAAUGCAAGAGGCAGAGGUCUGGAUGAUGGAAUGGACAACAAAGAAAAUAAGGCAUUUCAAAACAGUCCUUGAUACCUUCAUGGAACGAGUUAACAUUUCAGUGAUUAGAUAAUAGCCUUUAGAUUAAUUGUUUAUGAUUUUUUAAACAUGUAAUACUGAUAUAAAAACAAAUAGCACUGCAUAGACCAGAGAUGUCAUAGUCAUUUUUUGGUUCAGGGCAUACAACCUUAUUAGAUGUUAAGUGGGCUGGGCCAGUACAAUCGUAACAUAAUUACCUAUAAAUGAGGGUAAGUCCAUGUAUUCCCCUUUUUUGUUAUGCAAGGAAGUACAAAUAUAUUAGAUACAUCUUUUAAUUAAUUAUAAUGAAAUAUAAUUUUAAAAAACAUUUCCUGAACAGGAAAGUGUUAGUGUAUUUUUUUAUUUUCAAAAUUCAUUAAGCGGGUCAGAUUGAAACCCAAAGUCACCUGAUUUUUCCACAAGGGCCAUAUGUUUGAUACCCACUAACACAGACUAAGAGGAUAUAUCAGGUUUUAUGUUUGUUUUGGUGGUAUUUUAGUAGCAGGUGUGUUGGCUUCCUGUGGGGACACAGGUAAACACAGACCUUAGCCAUGAUAUAAAUGGCUCAUUAAAUCCUUCUACUUUUCCUCAAGUGUAUAGUGUAGUGUGUAUAUAUAUAUGCUUAUAUAUAAACAUCCUGUGAACAAUAACACUUCAAUACCUACUUACUAUUAAAAUAUGUACCAUAAUCUGUAUAUAUGAUGGCACACAGGAAAUGUUUAUCUAUUGCUGUCCUAAUCAUCAAUUUCAAAUGUGGUACUUUCUCACUCAAGUUUGUGAAAUCUUCUGUUUAUAUUUACUUUUAAUGACAAUAAAUAGCAAUACUAAUAAUGUUUUGUAUGUUCCUU